AGGUGGCCAAAAGAUUAUAAAGUGAAUUCACAGUUGGCUUGGAAUGAUGACGAAUCACGCACACUACUACAGCUGUAUCCACAAGUAUUGGUUGCCCAUCUUGGUAAUGGAGAUCAUCAGCCUAUUGAAGAACUCUGGCUACAACUGGCAAAAGCAUACCUGAAUGCCCGGAAUGACAGAAAACAAUGCUAUGAGAUUGAGGAUCACAUUGCACUGUUACGUCGAGGGUUCCAGUCUCAGAAUCCAUUUCCUUUUGUAGUAGAGAUGCAGCUUUUGGAAGAAACUGAGUUUACUCUUGGUUUUACUCCUGAUCCAUUGACAGUGGACACUGAUCAGUUGGUUCCAUACUGGAGCCAUACAGCAGCACAUCUCCUUUUGGAUUUUUUAAUGCACCACCGUCAGGAAGGCAUUAAGAAAUCUAGAAUUUUUGAGAUGAUCAGUCGAGACCUUGCUGGCGCUGGUUACAGAAAGUGAGGAGAGCCGCAAGAUGAUUUUGUCUACAGCGUGUUCAAGAUUGCAGGCAAUUGAGGAAGAAGGUGAAGAUGCUCAGAGAGAUUCUAUGGUAAACUGGUUGACCAAUCUUAAACUCCAUCUUAAAUGCACUGCUCUUAUUCAUCCACCACCGCCUAUAAAUUAUUUAGCUCGCAUAUUAGUAGAAACUAUAGAAGAUUCAUCAGUAGAGGGAGAGUUUAAGGUUUUUGAUAGCAUUCUUGGACCUCAUCUGGACAUUCUGAACUCAAUUGCAGAGAGAGGAGCAUCAAGCACAUUUUACCAUACACCUCCGUUCAAAGGCAAAACUAGGAAGAUUGUGGUGAACAAAAAUCAAAAGAUAAAAUAUGGUAAUGUUCACUGGACUGAAGGAAAUCUCCUAACAAUGCUAAAUACUGCUAAAGAAUGGCGGCUUCUCUGUCAUGAUAGUGCAGAGCUGGAGAUGGUACUCAGUAGUGAUGAGUUGUGGAAGGAAGUAGCAUCAAGACUGAGUACCAGUUACAAAGUUGAUCCAAAUAAGUGUCUUCAACACUUUUCGCAGUUAUGUCGAAAAUACAAAAGUGUGGUAUCUUUCAAUGCUCAUAUAUCUCAAGAAGGAGCUGCCAGGUCUAUGGUUUGUAAAGACAUUGUAGAAAGCAUUUUGAUGCCCAUCACGUGCCAUGAUGCCGAUUUUGACAUUAGAGAUGAAUGGUGGGCUAGUGAAGAGGGUGGAGAUUGGAGUCGAAGGGAAACAUUAGACCUUCUUUUCACAGUCAGAGAGUUCUGGCCAGGUCAUCCAAAUGUGGACUGGGAAAUGGUAAGUAUUUGUAAAUUAUAGAAUCGUGUUUUUAUA